AUGGUGUGCAACGAAUGCGAGAAAAAACUCACAAAAAUUGUUGGAGUCAACCCGUACCGUAAUAAGAAAACAAAUUUAGCAAAUGGCAAGGUUCCAAAGGUUUCAACAGCCAAGAAUUCAUUAUUUGAAAGUGGGAAAAAAUCAACAAUUGUUGGUCUAAAAUGUAAAUUGUGCAAGAUGCUUAUACAUCAGGUAGGAAGUCACUAUUGCUCCACAUGCGCAUAUCAAAAAGGAAUUUGUGCAAUGUGUGGGAAAAAAAUUUUAAAUGUGAAAGGACUUCGACAAUCAACAACAAUGAUUGGAAGUCGGUAUUUAUUAUACAAAGUGCCGAAGAGGUCAAUAUGUUCGCCUGGAACCGAAAUUAAUAGCUAUACAACUUCUAUAAAUGCUAAUACCGGAGUGAAGUCGAUUUUGAAAGUUGAGGAGAAAAAGCGGGUUUCAAAAAAGACCAGAAAACAGUUCGAUCUACCACCUGAGGCAGUAAUUGGCCUCCGAAAUGCUAUAAUCACAUGUGAUCGUUCAGCUGGCCAAUUACAAAACGAAGCCGAUCAAUUGGCGAGUAAAUUGGAAAAUCGAAAUUUUCCGGAAUCUCCGGAAAAAGUGAAAAUGUUGCGAGACGAAAUAAAACGCAAAUUGAAAGCGGAAAUGAGUGCUGACAAGCUGACUGAUCUCGAUGAGUUUGACGCGACACAACAAAGCUAUCGUUUUCGAAACGAGGUCGACAAAUUGAUAAAAAAAGCGAAUUUCAAUUGGAGGCCUCUGGAGAUAACGAGCAAAGAGAGCGCGGCGAGCUAUGCCCUAGCCAGAAUUGCGGCGAAUUACGCGGAAAUUUCGCGAUGUCUUGAAGAGCUGCCGCAAUUCACACCAUCGUCGGUAUUAGACUACGGUAGUGGAAGCGGAGCGGGUUUUUGGGCGGUCAUGUCGAAAUGGCCUCGACGGCAGAUCGAUGAGAUCACAAUGGUCGAUAUUUCGGAUUCGAUGACGCGAUUUUGCAUGGACACUAUUCGCAAAACUGAAGAAACGAAUGAUCGCCGUCCGCUUCUCCAUGAUAACGUCAAUUUUCGACGAAGCUUGAUACCGUCGUUAAGUACAUGCUACGAUUUAGUAAUAGCACAUAGAGUAUUAUCAGAGAUUGGAUCAGCGCAGAGUAGACUGCAACUAAUUGAAUCGCUUUGGAAGCGCACCAACAAAUACCUUAUUCUCAUUGAAUCCGCCCAACCUGGAUCGUUCAGUGGGAUUCUGGAAGCUAGAGAUUAUUUAUUAACACUGGGAACAGAAGUCGAUUAUUCAGCGUUUCUUCAACUAUUGGAGGAAGAGAAUAAAUUGACGCGAGACAUUGUCGAUGUUGUCGAGGAUUCGAACCUGAGCCACUAUGAGAAAUUCGUGAUUCUCAAUGAAAAGAAUCCAUCGUCGCAGGCGGUUCCGACGAUUCUGCCGCCGGCGACAGUGUUGGCUCCAUGCCCGCAUGAUUUGGGAUGCCCAAUGAGGGCAAAACGUUCGUGCACAUUUUCGGCGCGAUAUAAAGCCAUUCGAGCCGACGGAAGAAAAUCGAAGAGGGAGUCUGAUGGCACAGAAGUCACCAAGUUCACGUUUGUUAUCAUGGAGAAGGGCCAGCGGCGAGUAGGCGAGCAGAACGACCGAAUUCUAAUGAAUCGAAAGCUUGGCGGUCAUGUUACCUGUGAUGUCUGCACCGCAUUUAGUGGAAUUGAGCGCUUCACAUUAACCAAGAAAAAGCAUGGAAAUGUCUAUUCUCAGCUUCGAUCUCGACGAGACGGCGACGUAUUUCCGGCGGAUUUGAAGAAAUUGACUGGAAGCGGAAUGUUCAAUGUUGUCCUUGAUGAUUAA